AUGGAGAGCAGAGAGGAGAUGGUGAUGCAGACGCGCAAAAGCACCCCGGCUUUGGCUGAGGGCAGCCCGGGCAAAGGGUCGCAAAGGAAGCCGGACCAAAGGAGCUGUCUGAGUCCCUUCCCAAACGCGAGGACGGAUGCUGUGAUAGAGGAAAUCGCCCGGAGGAGUAUGUGCACGGAUAUGGGAGACAGGCACCGGAGGGAUCCCCCCCUCAAAGACGCCAGCAGCUCGGACACAGAGUCUGACUUCUACGAGGAAAUCGACGUGAGCUGCACCCCUGAAAGCAUGGACUACCCUUCAGCUAAAGGUCGAAAUGGAGAUUCACCUGGUCUCCCAAGUGACUCUGGUUCGGACCCAGGUAAGGCCGUGCCAGGCCAAGGCUCUUUGUCCUACUCGGCGGAUCAGAUUCGGCGGUACCGGACCGCUUUCACCCGGGAGCAAAUCGCACGGCUGGAGAAGGAAUUCUACCGGGAGAACUACGUGUCCAGGCCACGGAGGUGCGAGCUGGCGGCAGCCUUGAAUCUACCGGAGACGACCAUAAAGGUGUGGUUCCAGAACCGCAGGAUGAAGGACAAACGCCAACGGCUGGCCAUGACGUGGCCCCACCCGGCCGACCCAGCCUUCUACACCUACAUGAUGAGCCACGCUGCGGCCACGGGGAACCUGCCUUACCCCUUCCCAUCUCACCUGCCGCUGCCCUACUACUCCCACCUGGGGGUGGGAGCCGGCUCCACUCCCACCCCUGCAUCCCCUUUCCCCAACCCUUUGCGCUCCUUAGACAGUUUCCGGAUGCUGCCUCACCCCUACCAGAGACCGGAACUCCUAUGCGCCUUCAGGCACCCAUCCUUGUACCAGAGUCCGGCUCAUGGGCUCGGUCCAGGGGGAAGUCCGUGCUCUUGCUUGGCCUGUCACUCAGCUCCAUCCAACGGUCUCUCAUCCAGGGCCCCGGCCUCGGACUUCACCUGCGCCCCAAGCAGCAGGACUGAUGCUUUUGUCACUUUCACGCCUUCCGUGCUCAGCAAAUCUUCUCCCGUGACAGUGGACCAGAGGGAGGAGGUGCCUCUCACCAGAUAA